CUUUUCCUGGACGACACCAAAGUCAAGAACUUCAUCACCUGCUUCAAAGGUACUGGCACCCCUCUGGAGCCCCCCAAAACNNNNCGUUACGAGGCUGACUUCCCUUUCAUCUCGCUCUGCGGGCGGGAGCGGAAUUUCCUCCGGUGUGACGACCGUCCCAUCGUCUUCACCCAACUUUUGCCGGGUUCCGGCAAGAACCGGCUCCUCUCCUACUGCGGCGGCGGCGAGCGCCUGGCGGUGCCAUUCCAGCCGGAGAGUUUGAUGAUGUUACCAGAAAAUGGGCGGCUCUACCACCCAGCACCGGUGAAAGCGGGUGGUGUGGGUUUGGUGCGCUCCGCACUGGCCUUUGAGUGGAGCCCCUGCUUUGAGUACGGCGGGGGGCCGGCGCAACCCCCCACACAUUUCAUCUGGGAGGGGCGGCGUUACCAGCUCACUGAGGAAUUGCUUCCACUGCUCCGCGCCGAGGGAGUGGGCUGUGCCGAAAAACCCCCGGCUGUCCCUGUCGCCCCAUGUCAAGGCUGA